AUGGAUGCCUACUCACAUCUACAUGGAAGUAUCAGCCAAAUGUCAGCAACCCUCAAUGUGUUGAUUCCUUUAAAUUUUCUAUCACCAAGCAAACAAAAAAAGCAGAUUCUGUUCAACCUAGAUCACACACCCAACCCCACCGUUAUGAUUUCAAACUUUGGGGUUUCUGCAUUCUGCGUUAGGUCAAACGAAUGGAACGGUAGUGAAGGCAAGCGAAGGCAUGUAGGUAAACGGUUCUUCGCUGGUCUAUCUAUUGGUAACUUGACUUACCCAAGACUGGACCCCGAUACUGUGACCCGCACACACGAAAGGGAUCAGAAUCAGGCUAAAUGA